CUAAAUGGGCUUUGCCACUUGGUAUCAAUGGGCUGUACUACUAGCCUCACUAAAGAGGGCUGACAAUCAAUCACAGCAAUGAGAAAUAAAACCCAUAAUGAUGAACAACAAUUUGCCCCAUAUAUUGGCUUAUUGGUCUAGGUAAUAGGAAUCGAUCGAAAUGAAGAUAGAGAUAAAAAUCGAUCAAAAUAAUUGUCCAAUUCGAUUUUGACUAAUUUUAAUCUAGCUUAUUGAUUAAAUUAUGUUAUAACUUAAGAAAAUUGAGAAUCAAAAUCAAGUGAACAUGCACUUUGAUAUACGAUUUGAUCCGAUUCAAACAUCAACUUUUGAUCGACCGAAGUCUAUGCUCACUAGUUUCAACUUGCAUUAAACAGAGAGUACAAUAUAAGGAAGAAAGAAAGUGAAAGAGAAGAGAGGAAGAUGAUGGAUGGAUAUGUGGAUCACUGACAAAAGCAAAGCAAAAGGGAACCAAAACAAAAAGAAAAAGCUAGUAGGAGUGGGGAAGAGAGGUACUGGGCAGUUUGGCCAGCCAUGGCCAUGAGCAGAGCAAAAAAGCAGCAAAUACAAAUAUAUAAACUCUUGAUCUAGAAGAAAAAGGAGAAGAGAAAGCAAAAGGGUGUUUAUGUGAAUGAAUUUUGCCAACCCAUCAAGCCAUCAUGCUCAUCAUAUCAUAUCACCACCACCACCUCAUCAUCAUCAUAUCUCCCCCAAAAAACUUUGUUUGAAAACCCAACUUUUUAACUGUUAACUUUCCUCCUCUCUUCUUCCCCCAUACAUCCCUUUCACAACUCAUCAGCAUUUCCAUUUCCCUCCACAUUCCUCCUCCAUUGAUGCUUCUUCUUCUCUCAGUUCUUCCACUUUCUUUCUUAUGUUCAUAUGCAAGAUCCAGCUGACACCUCCUCCUUGCAGAGCUCAAGGUAACUUUGUCUCUGUUUUCAUCAGUUCAAAGGUUGAGGGAUGGGAUGGGUUAUGUGCAUGGAAUGUAAGUUUGGAAAAGUAUAGGUUGUCCAAUUGAAGUGUUGGCUCGAUUUCGUCAUGAGUCGAUGAUCGAUGUUGGUCCCCACGAUUUUGAACUUGAAGUGAUGUGUUACCUCGAGUGGAUUCACUGCUUGAUGUAUGCACUUUGGUGAUCUUGUGUUUGUGAUCGUUUUCUCAACUAUGAUUUUGUAUAUGAAUUUUGAAGAUUCAUUUUCGAAUAAGUGAAUACUUGUGAACGAGAAACACAAGCGUACAUUGUUGUUCUAAAAGUAAUUUGAAUUGGAUUUCUCACGGAUUAAGUUGAUCGGACUUGGAGUACAAUAGGAUUUCAUGGUUUUGGAAUUCAAACUACUUUUAGCCACUUCAGCAUUAUGAAUGAAGCCCAACCAACAAAAAUUGUUGUUUCAAAAAUCAAUCACUAAUACAAUAUUCCUUAUUUAACAUUAUGUUAUAUGUUUUUUUUUAUAUAAAUAACUAAAACCGUGUAAUUGGUUUUCAAGUUCAUGGCUUUUGGUGAGAAACUAUUGAACUUGAACGGUUCUCCUAAUUUAGAAAGGUAAAGAAAUUUUUAGUCAACUGAAGAAGUUCAAACUUAGUUUUCAGUUAUUUCCAUCCCAUAUAUAUAAUAAUUCAGUGUUCUUAGAUGAAUUCAUCAAUCUUAAUUUGAUUCCUUGGAAGAAUAUUAAAAGUUCAAUCAUCAUCCUUUAAACUUGUGUCAAUAUGAAUGACUUGCAUUUCUUGAAUGCCAGGAAACCCAGCUGGUACCAAAAAGCCCUAAACAUGGCUUCUCAUUGGAGAGUCAUUCCAAGGUCCCAAGAGAUUACUUCCACUCCAAGAUUGUGGAGAUCCCCCACUACAAAAUCAUCUAAAGAGCUUUUCCCUACCACCAUCAACAACCCUACCAAGGGAAAUGCCAGGCUAAGAAAGUGCACAUCCAUGAGGGUUGCAACCUCAUUCACUAGGGUCUGUCUCUGUGCACCCAUCUCGUCUUAUAACGAAGUGUUUCGGGCCGAUUUCCCCCCAAGGAGAAGCAACAGUUACCCCAGUUCGUCGAAAGCUUUUCUCGUCCCGCAAGAAAGAAUAGUACCGCCGUUGAACCCUACGAGGCUUAGCACCGAAGGUAGGAGGUCUUUUUUUCGAGGACAAUCGUUGAACGAGGACGUGCUUAUGAGGAGAUUCGUGCUUGAAGAAGAAGCGAUGAUGGAGGUUAGGAGAAAGAUGAAUCAAAUGGAGAUUAUUAGGAAGAGGAGUAGUGUGAUGAUGAGGAGGAAGAAGCUCGGGCCUAGCCGUCUUAGCCAAAUGGUGAUUGCUGAGGUGGAUCAUGAAACCGUUGAAUAUUGAGUUUGAUUAUAACUUCAUUUUUUUAGAUGGAUUAAGUUUGAUUAUAACAUGAUUGUAAAUUCUGUUGGCAGUUUUGCAAUAAAAUGUUGCAAUUGUUUAGGGUCUAGGGCAUUGUUUUGGUGAAUUAUCUUAAAUUUCCGAAGGGAAGAUCUACAAUUGGAGUGCAAACUAGAGACAUUAUCAAUAAAAAUUGUCCAUGUAC